AGCAUCAAAGUGAGUUGGCUGCCUCCACCGCCAGGUACUCAAAAUGGAUUUAUUACGGGCUAUAAAAUCCGACAUCGAAAGACUACCCGCAGGGGUGAGAUGGAAACGUUGGAGCCAAACAACCUCUGGUACUUGUUCACAGGACUUGAGAAAGGAAGCCAAUACAGUUUCCAGGUGGCUGCCAUGACGGUCAAUGGGACAGGACCUCCCUCGGACUGGUACACGGCGGAAACACCCGAGAACGAUCUUGAUGAAUCGCAGGUUCCUGACCAGCCAAGCUCUCUUCACGUCAGGCCCUUGACGACAAGUAUUGUCAUGAGUUGGACUCCGCCGCUCAACCCCAACAUCGUCGUCCGCGGGUACAUCAUCGGCUACGGCGUCGGCAGUCCCUAUGCUGAGACUGUGCGAGUGGACAGUAAGCAGCGUUAUUAUUCCAUCGAAAAUUUGGAGCCAAGUUCCCAUUAUGUCAUUUCCUUGAAGGCCUUUAACAACGCGGGCGAAGGGGUGCCCCUCUACGAAAGCGCGACCACCAGGUCCAUGACAGUCCCAGAUAUCUCCACCCCCAUGCUCCCACCAGUAGGUGUCCAGGCUGUUGCACUUACUCACGAUGCGGUGAGGGUCAUCUGGGCAGACAACUCUGUCCCAAAGAACCAAAAGACUACGGAGGUCCGCUUCUACACGGUCCGAUGGAGAACGAGCUAUUCGACAAGUGCUAAGUACAAGUCGGCGGAUACGACCGCUCUGAGUCACACCGUGAUAGGCCUGAAGCCAAACACCAUGUAUGAGUUCUCUGUCAUGGUCACCAAAGGUCGGCGAUCCAGCACCUGGAGCAUGACCGCGCACGCCACCACCUAUGAAGCAGCGCCGACCUCUGCUCCCAAGGAUUUGACAGUCAUCACACGAGAAGGGAAGCCCCGGGCCGUCAUUGUCAGCUGGCAGCCGCCGUUGGAAGCCAAUGGAAAAAUAACCGCCUACAUCCUCUUCUAUACUUUGGACAAGAACGCUCCCAUCGAUGACUGGAUUAUGGAGUCCAUCAGCGGCGACCGCCUCACCCACCAGAUCAUGGACCUCAACCUUGACACUGUCUACUACUUCAGAAUCCAAGCUCGUAACGCCAAGGGAGUUGGGCCCCUCUCCGAUCCUAUUUUCUUCCGGACGCUGAAAGUCGAGCACCCGGACAAAAUGGCUAAUGACCAAGGUCGUCACGGGGAUGGUUCCUACUGGCCGGUGGACACCAACCUGAUUGACAGGAGCAGUUUGAACGAACCCCCCAUAGGGCAGAUGCACCCUCCCCAUGGCAGCGUCACGCCCCAGAAGAACAGCAACCUCCUUGUCAUCAUCGUUGUCACCGUCGGCGUCAUUACUGUGGUGGUGGUGGUGGUGGUGGCCGUCAUCUGCACCCGGCGCUCCUCGGCACAACAGAGAAAGAAACGUGCAACUCAUAGUGCUGGUAAGAGGAAAGGCAGCCAGAAGGACCUGAGACCCCCAGAUCUGUGGAUACACCAUGAAGAGAUGGAAAUGAAGAACAUCGAGAAACCGGCAGGCUCGGACCCCGCAGGAAGGGACUCACCGAUGCAGAGCUGCCAGGACAUCACCCCUGUCAGCCACAGCCAGUCGGAAACGCAGUUGGGCACCAAGAGCACUCCGCAACCUGCUCCUGAGCCUGAAGAUGUUGGAAGCAGCAUGUCCACGUUAGAGCGCUCGCUCGCUGCCCGCAGAGCCACCCGUGCCAAGCUCAUGAUCCCCAUGGAUUCGCAACCAAACAACCCUCCUGUGGUCAGCGCCAUUCCGGUGCCAACGCUAGAAAGCGCCCAGUAUCCCGGGAUCCUGCCUUCGCCGACCUGUGGAUACCCGCACCCGCAGUUCACCCUUCGGCCAGUGCCGUUCCCGACCCUCUCUGUGGACAGGACAUUUGGAGCAGCAAGAACUGUUAAUGAAGGACCAGCACCGCAGCAGCCACCUUUGCUACCGCAGACACAACCUGAGCACUCCAACAAUGAGGACGCCCCGAGCAGAACCAUCCCCACUGCCUGUGUCCGCCCUACGCACCCUCUCCGCAGCUUUGCCAACCCCUUGCUACCUCCGCCCAUGAGUGCAAUAGAACCGAAAGUCCCUUACACACCACUUCUGUCUCAAACAGGGCCUAACCUCCCCAAGGCUCAGGUUAAAACAGCGUCCCUUGGCUUGGCGGGCAAAGCCAGGUCACCUCUUCUUCCCGUCUCCGUGCCCACAGCCCCAGAGGUCGCAGAAGAAGGCCACAAGCAGACGGAGGACUCCGCCAACGUUUAUGAGCAGGAUGAUCUGAGUGAACAGAUGGCCAGUUUGGAGGGGCUAAUGAAGCAACUCAACGCUAUCACAGGCUCAGCCUUCUAA